GUCUUCGAACACAGAUUACAUUUGACAAACAAUAAAAAUACAUAAAAUAUAUUGAAAUGUAAUACUGGGUUAUUAAACAUGAUACUGGAUAGUUUCAUAAUGCUGUCUAAGGGUGACCAGAGGUAUUACAUCAUGUUUUUCGUCAGUUUAAACAACUCGCGAAGCACGUUUGUAAUGUCAAGUGGUUUGACUGUGUCGAAUAAUGUGUCAAACUCCAGCUUUUAGUGUUAGAAAGACGAAACGUGAAUGGUUUUGUCCGUUACGUCAGACACUUCCUCUUCCUGUGUUUUUAAAGGGACCAGUCAGACAACAAGACAUAAACACAAACAUGGUGUCUCUGAUCUGCACCUUACAAAGUCAUCGAGAUGAUGUGAACUGCUGCGCGUUCUCCGGCUCUCUGCUGGCCACCUGCUCCGCUGAUAAGAGCAUCUGCGUUUACUCCACACGAGACUUCAGCGAGCUGCCCUUCUCCCCGCUGUCCGGACACGGCUACGGGGUCCACUACUGCUGCUUCAGCGCCUGCGGUCAGUACCUGGCCUCCUGCUCCACCGAUGCCACCACCGUGGUGUGGUCGAUGGACUCCGGAGAGAUCGAGGCCGUCCUGGAGCAUCCGGGCCGGAGUCCGGUGAGGGUGUGCGCCUUCUCUCCUGACUCAUCUUACCUGGUAUCUGGAGGGUCCGAUGGGACCAUCGCACUGUGGGACUUUACCUCCAGGACACUGCGCAGGACGGGCGCAGUGACUGACACCAGUAUAGUGGCCUGCUCUUUCACUCCCUGCGGUCAGCUGUUCAUCACCGGCUCCACAUAUGGUGACUUGCGGCUGUGGGACCUGAAUAUGAACCAUCUCCAUGCGGAGAAGAACGCCCAUGACCUCGGGGUCUCCUGCUGUCAGUUUGCUCCCCAGAUAAUGAAGGGCCCAGAUGGCUGCGUUCAGUUUCGGCUGGCCUCAUGUGGACAGGACAGUCUGUUGAAGAUAUGGAUUGUUUCUCUUUUGUCUGCUGCAGGCAUUAAGAUGCAGCUCGCUCACUCUCUGACGGGUCAGUCUGAUCCAGUUCUGUCCUGUGCUUACUCUGCUGAUGGACAGAUGUUGGUGUCAGGAUCGGUGGAUAAGACCGUGACUGUGUAUCAAGCUUACCAAGGUAUCUUACUCUACACACUUAACCAGCAUGAUAGGUAUGUGACGGCCUGUGCCUUUUCCCCCACUGCUCCUCUCAUUGCCACCGGCUCCAUGGACAAAACUGUCAAUAUCUGGAGGGUAGAGGACGGCAGCGGUGCUCAGGGCAAAUUUCUUUCUGAUCAAGCUGCUUCGGUUUCAAGCAGUGGAGGCAGGAAGUCGAGUGGGCACUCCAGACUGAUGGUGAGGGAGUGGUCUGCGGAGGAUGUGUUGGCAUGGUUACGUGAGGAGGGGCUGGAGGCAGUGAUUGACGUGUUUAAAUGCAAUAACAUCGAUGGAGAGGAGCUGCUCUCUCUCACCAAGGAAACCCUCAGCUCCGAGCUGCACAUUGACUCUCUGGGCCUGCGGAGUAAAGUCAUGAAGAAGAUCGAGGAGUUGAAAAUGGCACCGGUCUCUAACUGCACUCCCGACGAGUACCUCUGUCCAAUCACACGUGAGAUCAUGAAGGACCCAGUGAUCGCUGCCGACGGCUACUCGUAUGAAAGGGAGGCCAUUGAGAGCUGGAUCAACACGAAGAGCCGCACCAGCCCUAUGACCAACCUGCCCCUGCAGACCACACUUCUGACACCCAACCGUACGCUCAAAAUGGCCAUUUUACGAUGGACCACUUGUCAGUGAUUUCAGAUAAUAAUGAGCCCAGAACAGAAGUCUCUCUAGAACUGGAUCACCAUGGCACUGAUUUGAGAUCAGACUGACAUUAGCACGCUGUACAUUUGAACGCUUUAGCUUUUAACAGACUAAGUGAUGUCUCAGCUCUUGACUUGAGCUCAAGUUCAGCCUUAAUCCUGAGAGUGAUAGAGGUGUUCCAUUAGAUGUGAUGGGAGCUUCAUGUGAUCGGUAGUUAUGUCACAGGCAGACUGAAGAGCAAGUGGUCCAUAAUCAGGCUAAAACUACUAAAUGCUUCUCCAGCAUAACACAGCAGAGUGUUGAGUGGCCUUAAACAUCAUAAUAAAUGUUUAUCAUCCCCUUUCUGCUCUAUAGCGGACAGGUUAUGUCAUGAUGUUGCUCAUAUCAAAUAGUUUACAUGCUUAAAAUCAGGUAUACAUUUAUUAGUGGAUGAUCAUUGUAACCAGUUUAGUGACUGAAUAUAAAGCUUCACUAUGUAAUGUAUAUGUAUAUGACUGUACUGAUGAUCUGUAGACAGUCUGGACCUUUACGUACAUGAGCUGGUGGGUGGUUCAUGCUAGGAUAAACCUGCUGUGAGACUGAAAGCCAUGCAGAAAUAAAAUCAACCUGUUGUACAGUUGACUUUAGGCUUGUGAUUCAUUUUAACAUGAAGUGAUGGUAAUUGCUGAGGGAUACAUCGCUGUUGAUCUUAAGCUGUAUCCCACACAGUUGUGCAACUGUAUGAUAAAUCAUGCAGCUUAUUGAAGAAACGUGUUAGGUAAUCAGAUUUAGCAAUGAAUGAGGAAGUCGGAGAAAAAAAAAAAAAAAAAACACAAUAUCCAAGCAACCACAUAAUACAUUAAGAACUAAGUAAAGGUGCAUUCUUUAGUUCGCAUUAGCAUCGCUUUUCCGAUACCACAAAGGUUUUAAACACUGCA